AUUGGGCAAUCAUUUAUAAUUUCCCUCAAUCUUUCAUCACUCAUUCUCAUUCAUAUAAUUUGCUCUGUAAUUUGUCUCCUUGACAAAUGGAUCCAAACAAGCAUCGACCUUCAAGUGCCUUUGAUUCUUCUUACUGGACAACGAAUGCAGGAGCUCCAGUUUGGAACAAUAAUUCAUCUCUGACUGUGGGAUCCAGAGGUCCAAUCCUCCUGGAGGAUUAUCAUUUAGUGGAGAAAAUUGCUAAUUUUGAUAGGGAGCGAAUCCCUGAAAGGGUUGUCCAUGCCAGGGGUGCUAGUGCAAAGGGAUUCUUUGAGGUCACCCACGAUAUUGCUCAUUUAACAUGUGCUGAUUUUCUUCGAGCUCCAGGUGUCCAGACACCUGUAAUUGUUCGUUUCUCCACUGUUGUCCACGAACGUGGAAGUCCUGAAAGCCUUAGGGAUCCUCGAGGUUUUUCAGUGAAGUUCUACACCAGAGAAGGUAACUUUGAUAUGGUGGGAAACAAUAUGCCAGUAUUUUUUGUGCGCGAUGGGAUUAAAUUUCCUGACAUGGUCCAUGCUUUUAAACCCAAUCCAAAAUCUAACGUUCAAGAGAAGUGGAGGAUCAUGGACUUCUUUUCCCACCUCCCGGAGAGUCUGCACAUGUUUACAUUUCUCCUGGAUGACCUAGGCAUUCCACAAGAUUACAGGCACAUGGAAGGUUUUGGAGUGAACGCUUACACCUUUCUUAAUAAGGCCGGGAAAGAAUACCUAAUCAAGUUUCAUUGGAAGCCUACCUGUGGAGUAAAGUGUUUGUCACCCGCAGAAGCCAUCAAGGUAGGAGGAGCUAAUCAUAGCCAUGCCACAAAAGAUCUCUAUGACUCAAUCGGGGCAGGAAAUUUUCCAGAGUGGAAGCUCUUUAUCCAAGUUAUGGACCCUGAUCACCAAGACAAAUUUGAUUUUGAUCCUCUUGAUGUAACAAAGACCUGGCCCGAGGACAUAAUGCCCCUGCAGCCAGUGGGCCGGUUGGUCUUGAACAGGAAUAUAGACAACUUCUUUGGAGAAAAUGAGCAGAUAGCAUUCUGCCCUGCUAUCGUCGUUCCUGGUGUCUAUUAUUCCAAUGAUAAACUACUUCAGAGUCGGAUAUUCUCAUAUGCUGAUGCUCAGAGGCACCGUCUUGGACCAAACUAUCUACAACUUCCUGUAAAUGCUCCCAAGUCCCCACACCAUAACAAUCACCAUGAUGGCCUCAUGAAUUUUAUGCACAGGGACGAGGAGGUCAAUUACUUCCCAUCCAGGUUUGAUCCAGUGCGCCACGCUGAGAAGUACCCUAUUCCUGAUUCUGUGGUGUCAGGAAGGCGUGAUAAGUGUGUGAUUGAUAAAGAGAACAACUUCAAGCAGCCAGGAGAAAGAUACCGAUCCUUUUCACCAGACAGGCAGGACCGGUUUAUCAGUGUAGUGGUUGAUUUUUUGUCUGAUCCGCGUGUUACUCAUGAAAUUCGCAUCAUAUGGAUCUCAUACUGGUCCCAGGUUGAUAAAUCUCUUGGUCAGAAGGUAGCAUCCCUCCUGCAUGUGAAGCCCAACAUUUGAAGCUGAUGUUUGGAGCCAUAGCUUGGACAAAGUCAUCGGACUGAACAACUUAUGUAUAGAGCCUAAGCAAGUAGCAUUUCUGUGAUCAAAGUCUUCAUUGAUUAAAUAAUUUGUUUAUUCACAUCCAUUAAUCUGAGACGCUGUCCGGAUUAAUAAGUGAAGUUCUCUGCUCUGGUAGUUCCCGGAGAUUCUGUAUCAACUCUUCUCUCGGUUUGCUAAUAAAAUAGGGGUUUUAC